AUGCCCCAUGGCUACAUCGUGUUCCACUGCCGCUCGAACCCUGCGUCCCCCGCACCAAAGCACCACCAGAAGCACAAGCGGAAGCGUAGCGUCAGGAACGACCUCAGCAGCUCAGCUAUAGAAACGAUGCCGCCUAGCGUGAACCUCACCAAGUUCUGGGCCAAGUUCGGCCCCGAGUUCGGCCGCACCACGCGUCACCUGUCGCCGUACGAGGUGCACCCGGUGCGCAGCCUCAUCACGACGAUGCCGUACAAGACCAUCCGUAAGAUCAAGGAGAACGGCCUGGUGCUGAUCCCGGCCACGGUCCUGCUGGUGGGCACUGUCAAGUGGGGAAAUGCGGCUAACGACGCUGAGCACCGCACGCACUGGAGCUAA